AAUGUCGACCACAAGAUGAAAUUCCGCAGCAAGAAAGGACAAUUGCCUUUCGUCGAAUUGAAUGGUGAAGUUGCUGACAGUGCCAUCAUCAUGAAGGAGUUGUCCAAACGCUACGGAAAGGAUCUGGAUGCUGCUUUGACACCAGAACAACGCAAUGUCUCCCAUGCUAUGGUAUCCAUGAUUGAAAACCACUUGGUAUGGAUCGUUUACUGGUGGCGUACAAAGUACCCAGAAAGUGUCAUCAAGGGAUACAAAGUCAAUUUGCAACAUGCUCUUGGAACUCGUAUUCCAAAUGGAAUCCUCAACUUCUUCUUCAAAUUUGCUUUUGGACGCAAGUGGUUCCAGGGUGCUAAGAAAGUGAAGGCUCAAGGAAUUGGUGUCCACAAACCAGAUGAAAUUGCUGAAUUUGGCAACAACGAUCUCCAAGUGCUGAGCGACAUGUUGGCUGACAAGCCUUUCUUCUUCGGCGAUGAACCCACCACCUUGGACAUUGUCGCUUUU